AUGUCCGAGAAAUAUAGCAGGCCUGCGCAGCCACCCCCAUCCUACGCACCCAACAAUGGGCAGGGGCAGGCCACAGAUCCACAUGGACAGCAAGAACAGCAACCCCAGCAGCAAGAUUACCAGUUUCGACAGGACCAGUACUAUAACCUCAGCUCCAAGUCAGACGGGGCGCCAAUAGGCUCGUUUGAAGAAAGUUUCCCCACGGAUAACGACAAUAAGUUUCGGCUCAAUGACUGGCCGUUCACGAUUUUCUUUCUCGCCACCGUCUGUGGGUUUGUCGCAAUCGCGGCGAUCACUCUGAGGUCGUGGGCCAACACGUAUGCGGCCACCGGUUCGGGGAUAUACAACGGCCAAAACACCGGCACAUUGAACACGAACUCCGCCAUUUUGCUGGUUUUCUCGUGCGUGAUCGCCUUGGUCUUUUCACUACUGGGUCUCGUCCUCAUGCGGGCGUCUCCCAAGUGGUUUAUCUACUGUGGCAUGAUAUUCAAUAUUCUUUCGGGGCUUGGUACUGCCAUUGCCUACCUUGCCAUGCGGUACUGGUCUGCAGGUAUCAUAUUCCUGAUUUUUACUUUGAUUACCGCUUGGUGCUAUUGGGGCAUGCGCUCGCGGAUUCCCUUGAGUGUGGCGAUUUUAAAAACCGUUGUGGACGUGAUGAAAAAACACCCUCAGACCUACUUGAUUUCAUUUUUUGGGUCGAUUGUUGCAAGCGCUUUUGGAGUAUUGUUCUCCGCUGUUAUAGUCGCAACCUACAUCAAAUACGAUCCUAAAAGCGGCAAUGCAGGCUGUAACACAGGUGGAGGAUCGUGUUCAAAUUCUAAACUUAUCGGCAUCCUUGUUUUAGUAUUUUUUUGUGGAUUUUACAUCUCUGAGGUCAUCAGAAAUGUUAUUCAUUGCACAGUCUCGGGUAUAUACGGGUGCUGGUACUACAUGUCCAAAUCGGACCAAGGAAUGCCUCGUUGGCCAGCAUUUGGGUCGCUAAAGAGAGCACUUACCGUGUCGUUCGGCUCAAUCUGUUUUGGGUCCUUGAUUGUAUCUUUGAUAGAAACUGCAAAGCAGGUGUUCAGGUUAUUGAGGAACGGCCAAGUUACUAACAUUUCGGAUAGCCAGUGGGCACAAUGUGCCUUCAUUAUCAUUGAUUGGAUCAUUGGAUUUUUAGAAUGGCUAGCCCGUUAUUUCAACCACUAUGCGUACUGUUUCAUUGCCUUGUACGGUAAACCUUACUUGAGAGCAGCCAAAGAAACCUGGUACAUGCUAAGAGAAAAGGGCAUGGAUGCUCUAAUCAACGAUAAUUUAAUUAACAUCGCUCUGGGGUUCUUUUCUCUUGUGGCGAGUUACCUGGCCGCUUUGUUUGCGUACUUAUAUUUGAGGUUCACUUCACCUAGUUACAACUCAGGUCACGGAUUUAAUGUUCCACUAAUGGCCUUUUCGUUUGUGAUUGCGCUUCAGAUCUGCAGUAUAACUAACGAAACUAUAAGAUCCGGUACUGCCACCUUUUUUGUGGCUCUGGGCAAUGACCCAGAGGUUUUCCGUGUCUCUUAUCCGCAAAGAUUUGAUGAAAUCUUUAGGGCCUACCCAGAUGUUCUAAAGAAACUGAGUCAUCAGCACGUAUAA